AUGUCGACGGCGGUGGUCUUGGCCAAAAAAGGCGACGACGGCGAAUUAAGGUGGAGAACAGGUGUUGAGCUUGUUCCGAUCGUUUGUGAGAGUUCGAAAAAUUUCAAGAUCACCAGGAAUGCCUUGGAAACUGCAUAUGAAAAGGCAAAAGAAGCUAACCUGAGAGUCAAGGGUUUACUCAUAACCAAUCCAUCGAAUCCCCUGGGCACCAUCUUGGAUCGAGAGACGCUGAAGAGUAUUGUGAAGUUCAUAAAUGAAAAGAACAUACACUUGAUCGGUGAUGAGAUAUAUGCUGCCACAGUUUUCAUGGAACCCGAAUUCGUUAGUAUUUCCGAGAUCAUCGAGGAAGUAGAGUGUAAUUGUGAUCUCAUCCACAUUGUCUAUAGUCUUUCCAAAGACAUGGGGUUCCCUGGUUUCAGAGUCGGAAUUGUGUACUCGUACAACGAUGCAGUGGUGAGCUGUGCCCGGAAAAUGUCCAGCUUCGGUCUGGUUUCCUCACAAACGCAGCAUUUAAUUGCAUCGAUGCUGUUCGACGACGAUUUUGUAGAUAGUUUUAUUGUGGAAAGCAAAGAGCAGUUAUUCAAAAGGCACAAGUAUUUCACUUGGAGUCUUUCUCAAGUUGGUAUUGGUUCUUUGAAGAGCAAUGCAGGGCUGUUCAUAUGGAUGGAUAUGCGUAAACUCUUGAAAGAGAAGACGUUCGAAGCCGAAAUGGAUCUGUGGCGGGUGAUAAUCAACAAAGUAAAGCUCAACGUUUCCCCCGGUUCUUCUUUCCAUUGCAAUGAGCCAGGUUGGUUCAGGGUAUGCUUUGCUAACAUGGAUGAUCACACCAUGGAAGUUGCUUUGUUGAGAAUCAGAACCUUCAUGUUUAGGCAGAAUGAGGCCAUGGUUCCUCGUAAACUAUGCACACAAAGCAGCCUUAAACUCAGCUUCUCUCGAAGAAGGGACGAUUUCAUGUCACCGAGCAUCAUGUCACCUCAUUCUCCCUUACCUCAAUCGCCACUCGUCCGAGCCAGGACUUAAGCUGCAUCAACUCAGACUUUUCACCAUAUUAUACAGUAUCUAAAUGAAACCCUUCAAUAAUUGUAUAUUUUUAGGG